UUGAACCUCACCAACAUUCAGAACUUUCAGCUGCCCCCAAGUAUGGUCCUCGUGUUCAGCGAGAGCCGACAGCUGCUACUGAUCCCAUAGCAGGCCUUGGUGCAGAUGCAGACCCAGUACCACGCACAGGUCCCGCGCCAGACCACAUGCCCCCGCCCUGCGACCCCCACAGCGCCCCUUCCGUGCAGAGCUCUGCUGUGCAGUCCCCCGGGACUCCACCGUGCAGGCCCCAUUAUUGCAUGGCAGGUGACACCGACCACCAACAUCAAGCAGGUGUCUGUGGCCCAGAAGGCAGUGCAGCUGCCGCGUGCACCUGGGGUGCAGCCUCAGCUUGUUCCCGGUGGCACGACACAGGCAGCCUCACUCCGGACAGCAACGCCUGUGGAGACGCUAACACCUCAGCGAACGGUCCCUGGAGCCUCUGCUGCUGCCGCCGAAACCAUGGAAAACGUGAAGAAAUGUGAACAUUUUCUAUCAGUGUUAAAAAAACUAGCUUCAUCUGGUAAACAAUCUACGGAGGCAGCAGCUAACGUGAGAGAGCUAGUAUAGAAUUUACUGGAAGGAAAAAUCGAAGUAGAAGAUUUCACUAGUAGAUUACACCAAGAACUUGAUUCUUCACCUCACCCUUACCUUGUGCCUUUCCUGAAGCGUUGCCUGCCUGCCUUGAGACAGCUGACCCCGGACUCAGCCGCCUUCAUCCAGGAGAGCCAGCAGCAGCCUUCGACCUCCCCACAGCCCACCACGGCCCUCAUGUCGGUGGUUCCGGGCGGCUCAGUCCAGCACACCCCCGGGAAGGUGGCGGCGACCGUGACCGGCGCGCUCCAGCCGCCCGUCGUUAGCCUCACACAGCCGGCGCAGGUCGGCGAUGGUAAGCAGGGGCAGCCUCCGCCGCUGGUCAUCCAGCAGCCCCAGAAGCCAGGAGCCCUCAGCCGCCCUCCGCAGGCCACGCUCACGGAGACGCCCACGAUGGCGCUGCAGCAGCCACAGGGCCUCAUCGUGCUCAGGGCGCCUCAGCCGAUCCAGCUGAGCCAGCUGCAGCCGGGCCCUGUGGUAAAACCUGCUGUUUUAUCUGAAACCAAAGCUCUUUCUACCGUCUCAGCACAAGCAGCUGCUGCACAGAAAAAGAGACUUAAGGAGCCCGGGGGAGGUUUGUUUGGGGAUGACGACGACUUAGACGACGACAUUUUCGACGUUGCCUCGAUGGCCGGGGUAAGCUUGUUAGAAGAAAGUGCGAGAAUAUUAGCCACAAAUUCCGAGUUGGUGGGCAUGCUAACGAGGUCUUGUAAGGAUAAGACCUUCCUCCUCCCGGCUCCUUUACAAAGAAGAAUAUUAGAAAUAGGUAAAAAAUACGGCAUAAAGGAAUUACAUCCAGAUGUAGUAAGCUAUGUAUCACACGCCACACAACAAAGGCUACAGAAUCUUGUAGAGAAACUAUCAGAAGCGGCUCAGCAAAAAAAGUUCUCUUACAAAGAUGACGACCGCUACGAACAAGCCAGCGACGUCCGGGCUCAGCUCACGUUCUUUGAGCAGCUCUAUCAAAUACAAAAGCAGAAGAAAGACGAGCAGGAACGAGAAAUCCUGAUGCGAGCGGCAGACUCUCGACCCAGACGAGAAGAUCCAGAACAGUUCAGGUUGAAACAGAAGGCGGAAGAAAUGCAACAAGAGCUGCCACCGACGAGGCAGCGAGAUGCCAAGUUCACUGCGCUGGCAGCAAUCGGGCCUCAGGAAAAGAGGAGAGUGAAUUCUCCAGGGCGGGAAACGGGAACAGAGGAAUCGGGUCCAGGCAGCUGUGGCGUGGAAACCCCCAGCCAACUCAUUCAACAAAGGGUCACACGGGUCAACCUCAAGGACCUCAUAUUUUGUUUAGAAAAUGAGCUCGAGACAAGCCAUUCGCUAUUGCUCUACAAAGCGUUGCUUAAGUAA